AUAAUAGCCCCGUACACAAAAGAAUCGGAUCGGCUAUCCAAAAUGUGAUAUCGAGAAUAUAUCAUGAGUAGAUAGACACGCUUUGCCCCUACUUAUCGACUUUCUCGCGAACAAUAUGACAUCACGAUCGAUGUCGACCACAGUUCCUCCGUGGCAGCAAUUUAAGCUUCCCGAACAUGCAAUCCAAGAACUGACAAACCAGUGGUCGAUUCUACAUCUACUCCAUCAUAGGUCAAAAAAUCAACAUCGGCACUCUACAUGGUACCGAUUCUUUAACAUGUUCCGCAAGCAGCUGCGCGGCAUUCUUGACGAACUGGAUCCAUCAGUCAGUAAAACGGCAUUGCCCAGUCACAAAUCUAGAGUUUUCGAAGAGAACACACGAAGGGCAAACAAGCGGCUUGAUUUUUGGGCAGAGACUAUGGUUUCAAGAUGGCAUCAGGCAUUCCGACAGUUGAUCGGAGAUACGCAAUUCGCCGUUAUUGGACUGACCCUUCUGGCAGUGCUGGGAAGCGUGGUCAAUAUUCUUGACGUGCUGCCGAGGAUGCAGCGACUGCAUUCAGUGCUAUUCGACAAGUCGCUGCGCGAAGCGAAGAAAAGAAGAAUAGACUUGAAACUGAACUUGAGCGAUGCCCUUGAGACUAUGGAGACAGCUCACGAUGAUACGGGGCUUGUUGUCGAGCGUGAUGCAUCGGAUGUUGAUAUGAAAGAUAUUGGGACUCUGGUGGAGAGAAAAACAGAGUUUGAAACGUCAAAGGAUGCUACAAGCGCGCCAACUGAACAAAUUGAUUCUGCUUCUGAGAGCUCCAGGGCUUUCACCACCAAGUCGACAAAGAGGGCAUCGAUUAAGAAGGAGAAAGGCUCAACAAUGAAACGGAAGAAGGGAGGAGACGAGAUUGACGACCUAUUCGCUGGCCUCCUGUGAUAAGCUUUGCGUACACAAGAUUGCUGGAGUAAAUUCAUUUUGUGCAAAAUUGCCAAAUACUUCCGCCUAGACCAACGCUGACAAUCAGGUGGAAUGCCAACGUCCAAGACAUGGUGAACAGAUAUUUCGGGCUAAAAACAGUCCAUAUGAACAAGUGUGUACGGAGCACGGUGCAAGCGAUCAUAACCGCCAUGAGAGACACGGAUGUGAACAGUGUAAGCACUGUUGUGUGAAGGAAGAACACAGAUCGUCGCUGCAUCGCAUCUGCCUCCUCCGGAGCAGCAAAUUCGCUUUUGUUUGGAAUCAGAUUGUCCAUCUCCAUUUGCACCCAGCGCUUCCUCUUCUCUUCCGCACUCGUGUUCAUGUCAAUGGGUUCGGGAACUGUUGACUGCACGAGAAGCAAAAUUCCGGAUACGCUCCACCAGACCGGCCCUGCCCAGUUCCCGAGGAAGACGAGGAUGCCGACAGCUAUGACGCUGUAUCCUGAUAUCCCGUUGUACGCAUUCGAGAGGUCGAUGGAAGAAAUUGCGUUGCUAUUGCCUAGUGCGAAGAAGUACGUUUGGCCCAUGACCAGAGCUGUGAUCGUUAUCUGGAGGGGCGACAAUUGCAGGUCCGAUAGAAGUUCGAGCUGAAUGGUUGACAAUAAGAAGAGAGAUUAGUCUUGCGCUUCCGACCAGAGGUAUCUGCUCUAGUAGGCGAACGUUGUCAUCGCCCAGCCACGAAAGCAAUUCUGGGGCGUCGUUUGCGGUAAAGCCAAGCUUGAAAAGGUAUGCCGGUACUACCUGCGCAAGUGAGCACGCUGUGCCCAGAGCGGGGCCCGUCUUGAGGUCGUGAACAAUGUGGUUUCCAAUGCGAUAGAGCAGCAUGAGGUAAGUCAUAGUCACAAGGAGCCAGAGUAUGGCGGCGUUCGGCCGGAGGAUAUUUUGCGCAAUAUCUGGCGCGCCUGCAAAUUUUUGGCCUGUCUGGUUCCAACGUUGGGCCACUCGAUGAAAAGCUAGUAUAAUGAGCAGUCUCAUUCCCGCAGGCCUAGUCGUCGCAUUCUGAAGCCUGACAUGCUGUUAGCCCCGAG